GUUUCAGCUGAACUGCUAAAAAAAAUGCAACAAGCAAGGGAAGGUACUCCGUCAAAGGGACGGCGUAGCGCUGAAAAAACAAUUUCUCGCGAUGUGAAAUAUGAGAUAGCAGAAAGUGGUGGCAAUACAGGUGAUAAUAUCGAAUAUAUCGACUCAGUGGAUCAAGUUGACCUCGGAUACGGCAUGACAGGAGAGGGGAUUUCGAAGCUUCUUUAUGACCACUCCAAAGAUGAACUGAUUAAUUACAAGAGACGUAUAGAUGCAAACGCUGAACAACAACGUGAACACGCUGAUAUAAUGGCUGCACUGCAGCGCAAGAUUGAGCAAUAUCGGCAGCGUUUUGCGGAAAUCGAGGGAAGAAUUACGGUGCGUGAACUGAAUGAUCCGGAUGAUUUGACAAGUAUGAAGCUAAAAGAGGAAUGGUUACUUAGUCCAAAAUUUAAAAUGCAAGAAAUUGGCGAUGCGGAAUUUGCAAACCAAUUAGAGGAUGAACGUAGAAGAGCGGAAGAUUUGGCUAUGCAAUUGCAACAGGAACGUCUUCAAAAUGAUCAAUUACAAGCCGAGAUUCAGCGUUUACGCCAACAAUUUGAAAUCAGUAUCCGUGAUAAGGAAAGAGUUUAUCAAACUCGGGAACGGAAUCUUACACGAUAUUUGGGCGAUGAGCAGCGUAAAAUGAUGGAAUUGUGGUCAGAGUUACAACGCGUACGUAGACAAUGUUCAGAAUACAGAGAACAAACGGAACGUGAUUUGGAAAAUCAACGUAACGAAUUCAUUAAAGUAAUUCGGCAUGUAAGCGGUCUUGUCCGAGGACUAAAUAUUGAGAGCGGUACACAUACAUUACUGUCGGAUUUGUCAAGCGAAAGUGGAGUGGAUAUCACACAGGAUACUGUACUGGUCGAAGCUGUUAAACGUUUCCACGACUCGCAACAACAAGCAGUUCCGGUAAUUGGACCAGAAUUGAUCACUGAGCUUCGCUUGGCUCGUUCCGAAGAUGCCGGUUUACAUGAUGAACUUAUGAGAAAAUAUGAGGAAAGUGCGAAGCGCAUCAUCGAGCUAGAAAGUCGUGAUGAUGAAAGCCAUAAUAAAUUGGUUGCUCUAGAAAGUGAUCUGAAACGUACACGUGAUCGUCUUGCUGAAAGCCAGAAUGCUCUUCGUAAAUUAUAUGAUAUGACGCAUGAUUAUGAAACUGACGCUCAAAAGAAAACACGAACACCAUCACCAGUAAAGAGUUAUGUUCCACCACCCGAAGUUGUUCGCAGCGUUCGUUACGUGUUAAACAGCCGUAUGAAUGAUAAUAAUGUAUUACAACGUAAAUUGAAAAAUGCUGAAGUUCAAAUUAGUGAACUUACUACCAAAUGUGAUUCAAUUGAAGAAAUUCGUCGUGGUUUGGAAAAGCAAAUUGCCGAAGCAAAUCGAACACUAAUGAAUCGACAAAGAGAAUUGGAUGACGCAAAUCAUACAGUGAAAAAUUUGGAAGAUCGUUUGAAAAAUCUUGAGCAGGAAAAAGCAUCCAUCGAGAGUGGACGUCGUCACCUUGAAGAUGAAAUUCGGAAAAUGCGAGAACAGUUCAGCAGCACUCUGUCAGAUGUGGAACGAAGGGCCGCUGAAGAUGCGGAGGAGCGCAUUCGUAAAAUCGAAGAUGAAACUAAAAUACGCAUAAGUGAACUUAUGAAUCGCAUUGAAACACUUCUGGAAGAUAACAAGAGGCUAAAGGAUGAAGCUGAUCGGAUGAAAAAUCGAGUUCAAGAGAUUGAAAGGGACUACAAUAAUAUCGUCAGAAAACUGGAAGAGAAAGAUAAUGCACUGAAAAAUUUGGAGAUUAUGCGUCAACGUUUGGCUAAUGACUUGGAGGACCAACGUACACGAUUCGAUGCCAUGACCAGUGAAUUUGACAAUUUGCAGAUAAACUACGAUAGCGCCAACAAGAAUACGGUAGCUAUUGAACUGACUGUAAAAGAAAUCAAACAACAACGUGAUGAUAUUAUUAAGGAAAAGGAUGCGCUGACACAUGCACUUCGUGAUUUAGAAAAUAAGCUGAAUAUUGAAGCAAAGGAGCGUGGUGAUGCGGAAAAGCUUAAUCAACGUCAUUUGGAUGAAAUCAAUAAUUUCAAGAAACAAAUCAAUGAAUAUAUGACUGAGGUGACAGUUAUUCGUCGUCAAAAUGAUGAUUUCGAUACGCAGUUGAAAACAAAUCAGGCUAAACUGAGCAGCACGGAGAAUUCGUUAAUUGCUGCAAAGAAAGAAGUCGAAAAGUUAACGGAAAUGAAUAAUCGUUUACAACAGGACAAGAAUGAUCUUAGCGGUGCGAAACAAAAAAGUGACACGGAGCUUAAUUCACUUAAUGAAAGAAUCCGCAAAUUAGAGCAGGAAACGGAACGUAUUAGAAAAGAUAAUCAAGAAUUGGAAAGUCAUGAACGUAUAGCACGUGAUGAUCUGAAACAAGAAACGAAUCGCAAUCAUCUUCUUAAAAAGGAACUUGAAGAAGCUCGUGCUGAGAUCGUUGCAUUAAAUGAUCGUUUGGCAAAAAUGGAUGCAAAUUUCAAGGCGAAAUUAGACGAAAGUAUCAGAACAGGUUUAGAUGAUCGUGAAACAAUAAAAUCACAUGAUAGCAGAAGUGAAAAGAUGAUCGUAAAGCAUGAAACGGAAAUCUAUGAAAUUAACAAAUACAAGACCGAAUUGGAGAAACUUGAAACUGACAAAGAUGAUUUGGAAAAACGUAUCAUCCUUUUCCAAGAUGAACUUAAUGCAAAAGAUCACGAUACUGAUCGACUGAAUGCUGAGAUCGCUGAACUAAAGCAGAAAUUACAAAAUGAAAUUGAAAAAGUUCGAAAAGAAGCGACAGCGGCACAAGAAAGAUAUCAUAUCGAAUUGGACAAUGAAAGAGAUAAUCAUCAAAAGAAGAUUGAUUCAAUGAAUGUUUUGGUGGAACAGUUGCGUGCUAAAUUAAAUGAUACUGAGCGAGUUAUGGCUGAUUUGCAAAAUCGUGGGAAUAUCCUGGAACGUGACAAUAACGAUUGGAAGGAAAAAUACGAUGCAUUAAAUUUGGAAUUGGAUCAUUUACGUGAUGAAUUAUCAUCUGUACGACGUGACGCUGAGAAGGAAAUUAAUCGUUACAAUAGCGAUUUACAAGCAGCACGGAAAGAAAUCAAACUGCUUACUUCAACUAAUAACGAAAUGAAAUUGCAACUUACUUCUGCAGAAGAUAAGAUCAGUUCAUUGAAUAAAAUUAUCACCGAUCAACAGAAUAAAAUUCGCGAUUUGACGAGUGAAAUUCAUCGUUUGGAAGGUGAAGUUAGCGAUGCCAAAGGAACUGUAGCAAAUUUGGAAUCUGAAUUGGAUACUGCCCGUGAACGGCUCCAUUUAGCGGAAGAACAGUGUGCAUCACUUCAAAUAGAACUUAACAAAAUGAAAAGUGACAUGGAUUCAUUGCUUGCUGAAAAUGAUAUGCUUAAGACUGCCAAAGAAUCAAAUGAAGCUGAAAUUGAUCGUUUGAAACAGAAGCUUCAACGUACAACUGAAUAUGCUAAAAAACAUGUUGAUGCUCUUGACAAACUUCGUCCUGAGCAUGAGCGCCUAGAGAAUUUAUACCGUGAAAAAGUUAAGCAAGUGGAAAAUCUUAUGCAAACAACUCAAAACUUGGAAGUACGACUUAAUCAGUCACGUGGAGAACUUCGUGAUGCAACUGAUAAGCUAAUUGUUAGCGAAGGUGAUCGUAAUGUGCUUCGAGGUGAAGUGGAAAGACUGCAACGGGAGGUUCAAUUUUUACGUGAACAAUUUCUCCGUAAGACGGAUGAAUAUCAGGCGGCGUUGAAUGAUCUCGUAAAUGCCCAUCGAACUGCCGAAGAUGGCCGUGUUAAUGCUGUACAAGAAUUGGAGACUCGCAAGUAUGAAAUUAAUGAUUUGCAGUCUCGAUUGGACAAUGCGGAACAAUAUCUUAUAACCUUACAACAAAAUUAUAUGACUGUAGAAAAUGACCGUGAUAUGUUACGCGAUGCAUUACGUCGUCUUCACUCGAUGGUCGAUCGCACCGUUGUGAUAAAUCGAUUCAUGAUCGAUGAUGGAUCUAUCGAAGAAAAAAAAGAUACAGUGCAGCAAGCUCAGAAAUCACCUGAUGAUAAAACCAAGGAAAGAUUUGAUGUCAGCGAGCUUGAUACAAAUAUACAAAAGCUAAUUGGACGUGUCGAAAAACUUGAAUUGGAACGGAAUGAAUAUCGUGAAGCGCUUGAUCGAAUAAAGAAAAAGGGUGUUGAAUCACAUAUUAAAAUUAACAAACAGGAAACGAUUUUCAAGAAUAUCGAAGAUCAACUAGUGGACGUUGAAGAUGACAGACGUGCAUUGGAAAUGCGCUUAUCAUCAGCCAAACAACUUCUUCGCUCACAAGAGGAAGCGCUCAAACAGCGUGAUGAAGAAAGACGUCAUAUGAAAUUGAGAAUAGCAAAAUUUGAAAUGGAAGCACGUGGAAAAGAAGCGCAAAUACGUCAGCUUAAUGAACUUGUUCGAAAUUUGCGUAAAGAUUUGGAAACAGCACAAGGUGAUUUAGGAGUGCUUCAUGAUCAUGAAGAGCAAUGGUAUGCACACAAGUUUCAUCUGGAAAGUAAAUUGAAAGAUCAGGAAAACGAAUCACAACAAAUUCGCUUAUUAUUAGCGAAUUUCGAAACUGAACGAAAUACUCUUAAUGAAAAAGUACGCGAGCUUGCUGGUCGGCUUCAGCAAACCGAAAGUACAAAUACUGAUAUAAGGGAUGAUAACGAUCGUUUGAAAAAAGAUUUAAUCAAAGCAUCAACAAAUGAAGCAGAACUUCGACGAACUAUCGAUCAGAAUUUACGUGUUAUCAGUGAUAAUCAAAUUCUGAAAGAUCAGCUUGAAAGUACUCAGAAUGAUUUGUCAAAUGCAAAUAGUCGAAGACAACAACUUGAAAGUGAGCUAUUGAUUGCACGUUCCGAAUUACGAGAUAUGAAACAACGGUUCACUGAUAGCGGAAAUCGUAUAACGGAUCUUCAGCGACAUUUGAAUGAUGCUGAAAAUGAUAAGAAACGCCUUGCAAAUAGAUUGCAUAGCUUGGAAAAGGCAGUAUCACAACAGCGAACAAUCGAAACCGAAAUUCGACAACAAUUAUCGUCAGCGUUAAGUGAACGUAAUACGCUACAAAAUAAUCUCCGUGAUGUACAACGACGUUUAGCACGAAUGGAAACGGAAAAGAAAAUCAUUAGCGACAAAUAUGAUGAGCUCGAGAAAAUCCGUUUAUCAUUAAUCAAACGCAUCGAGCUUCUUGAGGAGGAAAAACGAACAGUGGAAAAGAUUCUUCAUGAAGCAUCGCUGCAACGCGAAGCAAUUGAAAAUUCCCUGAGUGCACUGGAACGAGAAAAUAAAGAAUUGCAUCGUAACUGCGCACAAUUGCAACAACAAAUCGCGCAACUUGAAUUAGACAAUGGUAAUCGCCUGGUACAACUUACAAAUAAGCAACGUGACGAACACGACAAAUUCGUGCAAAAUAUGAAAACCGAAAAAUUACAGAUCGAACGAAUAAUUGAUAAUCGUGAACGUUCACUGAAGAGCCGAAUCAAUCAGCUGGAAAAUCAAUUAAACAUUAUGCGUGAUCAGUUGAAUAGUGAACGUCGUCGACGUCGUGAAAUUAGUGAUAAAAUAUUAAGUGGUGAAAUGAACAGAUUGAAUGUGAGCUUUUCGGGUAGUCCAGAAGGAUAUGAUUUAUAUGAUCGAACAAUAAAUUCGUACAGUACAUAUUUUGGCACGCCAUCUUUUACUCUCGGUUCAUCCGGUUUUGAUCCAAAUGUUAUGGAUAGUUCAAAGAUUAUCCUGAAACAUUCCGACCGACCUGAAAGUAGCUAUCCAUAUGGUGGCGGAAACCGGACUUCCGGUACAGCAAUAACAGUAACCACCGGAAGCAGCUUAUAUCAGACCGAACGAAGUGAUGGUGAUGUAAUCUCCUCUCAAACUGCCAAGGGCAGUGAGGGGGGAGGAAAUGAUUCCGGUAAGGGUAUCAGACAAGUCGAUGGUGAAGGUGGUUCAUUAUCGUUGAGUGAAGUUGGCCAGGGUGCGACAUUUGAGCAACAGCAGCAGAGAAGAAGAAAAAGACAGUAAUCGUUGUGCACAUGGUUGGCCAAAAGAAUGCUGAUGGCGAACAAUCGAAUUGAUGAUAAGAGAAAAAAACGAUAAAUGAAAAAACAAUUUUUUUUUCUCAUCAUCAUAAUAUUUUUUUAAUCACUGUAAAGAAAAGAAAAUUUUGAUCUUUAAAUUAGUUAUUCUAUAGUGAGCAUUAUGAAAAGGAACAAAGGAACAAAGAGGAAAUAAAAUUGUAAUUCAAACUCGAAUUUGAAUUUGGAAUUAAAAUUGAAGCUACACGUUUUGUGUAGCUUUAAAUUAUGUUGUUUGUUUUUUCUUUUCAUCUUUCUUUCCUAGGAUGAUUAUUUAUCGGAUUUUUUUGACUCUUUUUAUUCGAAAUAUCUCUUUUUGUCCUUUCUUUCCUCUCUGUUAUUCCCCUAAUUAAUUAGUUUACUAGACUACUACCAGCUAUCGCUUAUUAAAUAUAUUCUUAAGUAAGCAUAUAAGAGUUAAGUUUUAAACGUUUCGUUUUACUUUAUUUUUCUCUAGUUUAUAGAGUAUUAUCCCCAUUACUUGACAACUUUUUUUUUUCCUAAUUAUGUUCUUUGUGUUUUUCGUUACUUCUAAAAUGUUCUCAUCCUUUUCCAUCUCUACUUUUUUCCGGAUUAAUUGAUCGGUUCCUCUUUUUUUUUUGGGUACUAUCAAUUACUAUCACAUGUGAUUAGUUGC